CACCCACUCACCUCCGAACACCGCCUUCCAGCUAAUACACGCCGUCAACGCCAGAUCAGUACAGUCCGCCUUACUACCGAAAUCUCCAAACUAUAUACGGCACGAUGAACCACCUUCCGCAAGCUUGGGGCCGUCCUAGAGACGAUGUCUACGGCGCGUACGACCACUCACAUUUCCAGACUGCUGGCCCUACCCAGCACUCACAGGCACCCAUCGUCACCGGUACUUCAGUGUUGGCGGCAAAGUUCAAGGACGGCGUGGUCAUAGCGGCGGACAACCUGGCCUCAUAUGGAUCGCUCGCUCGCUUCACCGACGUCAAGCGACUACGGAAGUUCAACGACGAGGUGGUGGUAGGCUUUGGCGGCGACGUUUCGGACAUGCAGUACCUCGACCGCCUCCUCAACUCUCUCGACAUCCGCGAGAACUACUCCUCGACCGACGAUAACCUCAACGCCAAGAACCUCCACACAUACCUUGCCAAGGUCAUGUACAACCGCCGAUCGAAGUUCGACCCACUGUGGAACCAUCUCUUGAUCGCCGGUCUGGACGGCGAGGGCAAGCCGUUUCUUGCGAGCGCAGACCUCCUCGGCACCACAUUCUCUUCACCGUCGAUUGCUACAGGGUUUGGAGCGCAUCUUGCACAGCCGAUCAUGCGAACAUUACUGCCUGACGAGGCGUCAGUGCAGAAUGUCACCAAGGAGCAGGCAGUAGAGAAGGUCAAGGAGUGCAUGAAGGUUCUCUUCUACAGAGACGCAAGGAGUAUGGACAGAUACUCCAUCGCCGUCAUCACGAAGGAGGGCGUUGACCUGAACGAGGACGUCAAGCUGGAGAACCAGAGCUGGGCAUUUGCAGAGAGGAUCAGGGGAUACGGCACGCAAACGGCGUAAGACCGAGCUGGAUGUGUCUGGCCGUGUGGAGAUGACGAUAUGCUCAGGGCCAAGGAGCUUUUGAGGCUAAACGGCUGAACGAUAGACAUGAAUAAAUGUACAAUCCGAU